AUGGAUGACUUGAAUAAAAUUUUGGUUGCUGGUCCUUAUUCUAUUAACAACAAACCAAUUAUCCUCAAGAUGUGGAAUCCUCACUUUGAUAUCAAUGAAGAAUUCUUAAAUGAGAUCCCACUAUGGAUUAAAUUUCCUAAGUUACCGGUGAGCUAUUGGAGUACAGAUUCCUUGGGAAAAAUUGCAAGUAUCCUGGGUGUGCCACUAUUUACAGAUGAAUGUACCUUAAAGAGGACAAGGAUAUCAUUUGCUAGAAUACUAGUGGAAGUUAAUAUCACCAAACCUCUUUCGGAGUCAAUUAACGUAUUAGACCCAUCUGGUGAGAUAUUUGAGCAGCAGGUUCUCUAUGAUUGGAGGCCUACUUUUUGUGAUAGAUGUCUACAACUAGGACAUCAAUGCCCCCCAGAAGAACACCCAAAACCACCUCAACCAAGGCCCAGACGACGGAGAAGAGGUCAACAGCAACCUGAACAAGUUUGGAUAUCAAAAGUAUCUGAGGGUCCUCAACAGGAGCAGCUGGGGGAAAAGGCACCAAAUCCAAGACAAUUUGAAGGCGCACGACUACAUGAUAAAGAGCAAAUUAAUACUCCAUUGGAUCAACCAAGGGUAGAUAAGAGACCAAUUCUACACCAAAGUGACCAACAAGCUCAGCAGUCAACUACCUCACCUGCACAACAAGGAAUUAGUGCAGCACAACAGCCUGCCAGAGCUACUGGGAAACACGAAGUGGAGAGUGACCAUGUGACUGCUAAUUUUCUUCCCUCAGAGCAAAGGAAAGGACUAUGGGCACAGCUAAAUAUAAUCUCUCAGCAAAUGACCACCCCCAGGUUAUUGUGGGGGGAUUUUAAUGCGAUCUAUGUGCUCGAAGACUACAAAGUGUGCACUGUUUCUAAUUCUGAGGUGCAUGAUUUCCAGGAAUGUGUACAGAAACUCACGUUGACGGAGGUGUCUUGGAGAGGAGAGUACUAUACAUGGACCAAUAAGCAGAAGGGAGGUAAUAGAAUCUGCAGUAGACUUGAUAGAGCUAUGGGAAAUGCAGAUUGGAUGGCUCAAUUUGGGCAUCUAGUAGUGGACUUUAAACAACCCCAUAUCUCAGAUCAUUCCCCCAUGAUUUUAUCCAUGAAGUUAGAUAAUCCGAACAUCAAAGUCUCCUUCAAGUUUUUCAAUGUAUGGGCAGAGCACUCAAAUUUUCUAACCAUAGUUGCAGAGGGGUGGAGGAACCAAACCAACAGUAGCAAAAUGAGAAUGGUUUGGCAAAGACUGAAAGAACUCAGACCAGCUUUCAAGAAACUGAACAAUGAAGAAUACAAAGGGGUCACAGAAAAAAUUAACACUGCUAGAGCACAACUGAAGAGUGUCCAAGCAAAAAUGGCACAAAAUUAUGAUGAUCAACUAGCUGACGUAGAACAUGUCACUUUACAACAACUAGAAAAAUGGUCCCUCAUCGAAGAAAAGAUUUUACAACAGAAAUCCAGAGCCACCUGGAUAAAGUUGGGAUAG